GUAGUAGCUGUAACGUGAAGUUUAUGUAAGAUGAAAUGCAGAUUGAUCACAACGUUUUGAUUAGUUAAGAGUUUAAAGGAGCAGAAGAUCCAAAACAAAAGUGUGUGUGUAAAGACGCGAGAAUCGAGAUAUUAACAUAUUUUGAUUACCUAUCGUGAACAAGCGCGAGCCACAAAAUUCUGUGUUAUUACUUAAUUAAAAAAUGACCAACUAUCACGAUGGUAUCGUCCGGCUUUUUGUCUCUGUUAUACAGUAUCAGGAACAAGCCGCUAGAAUACUGGAGCAAACGGCAUUCACCGACAGGACGGAUACGCAAAAUAUUGGACAUGGAUUUACUUGAUACAGUUAUCGAUUUGCAAGACCUGGAGAAAUCCAGCAAUGUUAAUACAUCAAUUGCCUGUCCUGCUGACGCCCAAAAACUGUUGAACAUCCAUCUACCAUUGCUGGUUAUCGUCAUAAAAAAUAUGAACGUUGAGUGUUGUUUUAAAGUUCAGGUUCUUGACACAGACAUGAUCCGCCACCACUUCAAUUUCUCAACGGAAAAAUUCAAAGAUGAUCCUAACAUUCGUACUCAUAUGGUCAGCCAGGUUGAGUUGAAGCUGGUACCAGGAUGGAACACGGUUGAAGUUGAUUUAACUUCACUCACACAGCAUGCUUUUAACACCCAGUACAAAGCAAUGCAGAGAAUUGAGAUAUGUGCAAACUGUAGAUUAAGACGAGUAUACUUCCUCGAUAGGCAUUACACGAAUUUAGAGAUAUCACCAGCCCUCUGUCUUGCAUUCUUUGAUUACUUUAAGCUGAAAUGGGGCAUUCAUUUGACAGAGAAAACAACACAAACAGACAACUCAUUCUAUUCCUCGUAUAGUAAAAAAAAGUGUAAAUCGAGUAAAGGAGCAGUGUAUGAGGAAGCUGUUAAUCUUGUAGAAAUCAGACGAUCACGUUUCUUGAAAGAGGUCCAGAUUAAGGCUGAGAAGUUAAUUACCGAUUUCUUCAAGAGGGCUGAUACAAGGCUUGUAAACAUGUUUGACGUGAAGAGCAAAAUGAAACUCAUGAUAUUCUCUGUUUUCACCCUUGGCAACAAGAGUGCACAAGUAACGAAUUCGAAAUAUGAUUUUAACAAGAGUUCACACUCAGGAUUGACUUCUGACCGAUGCAAAGCUGCUAGAAAAAAAAAGGACAAGACUACAAGUGUUCCAGAUGGAACAAAGGAAUCCGUUCAAGCUCCAGCGAUCAGGAAAAUGCGGAAGAAAGAAAGAAACAAAAGUAAAGAGUGCUGUGAAGCCGUCAGAGGCUUUGACAACAUCUCAGAUGAAAUUCAAAAACAAAUAUUACCUGAAAAAAAAGGGCAACAGCAAAUGCAAGGGGAAUCAAAGAUCUCCAAUUCCACCAAGAAAAGUGCACUCUGUUUUGUUUAGGAAUGAAAUAGAAGCUAGAAAUAGAAGAGUAGGAUCAUAUUGGUAGCAUACCAAAUUCCUAAACGACCCUUCUCCACUCAAUUGAAUCCAUGUGUGAGAUGAAGCAUAAAUUCAACAACUUUUUAAUAAUAUUUGAGCUUCUACUCACCUUCUGUAUGCAUUGAGUAACUGAGGCAGAUACAAAGGUAUCCGAAGUCCCUUUACUGAAUUCUAGCCAGUGAAGAGUAACUCCAACAUCAAUUACUGGACAGCUAAGUUUUGGGCCGUGAGCAAAUGCUACUUUUAUC